AAAGUAUUUGUGGCAAAAACAAAAACAGCGAAAACGUUUCAAAACAAAAAGGAAAUUGUGAAAAUUUUUUACUCGUUCUUUUUGUCCCCCUACGAAUUUGUGAACAUAUACAGUUUUCUUGUUUUUUUCCUUUACUAUUCAUUUUUACGGCAAGCACAUAAACACACACAUAUAUAUUGUUUAUUUUCUCGAAUACAAAUACAGGCAUGUCUGAGUACCGAUUGAGGGAUCAGAAAUAUUCAGAAGCCGAGUACUACUUCUUCCAGACAAUCGAAAUGGCCAAAUCCGAUGAGGAAUAUGAUGUGGAAUUAUGCACAACACCUCCCUCGCAUACAGAAGUGGAAUACGAGCUGAAUAUGGCCAAUGAUCCAUCAUCUAUAUUCUCAUGGAAAUUGGUUAAACGCAGACGUGCCCGCCGCCGUUAUACUGUUUCCCAUGGUGGCAGCGGCGCAAAUAGUGGCGCUCCACCUGCACCACCCUCUACACCCACUUCGUUAACGCCCACCGGUGGGGGCGGUGUUUCGACGGCCCUGCCAAACAUAUCUGGCGAGGAUGAACGCCUCGACAGUCUUCUAUACAUUCUUGACUAUGCACCCAAGUACAAAAAAAAACUCAAAGAACAGCAGCGCACUGAUGCCGAACUGGCUGAACUUUUCAAUGUUGUUUCAAUAACCGCCUCUAAUGCCCACAGUACUUCUGGCGUCCAAAAGUCAAAAGUGCAACCAGAGCGUGGAGUGAGCGCUAAAUCGCGCGUUAUACGUAAGGAGGCCAGGGAUCAGGCCCCAACCAAAAUUUUCAAGAUACACCGCAAUCUGAAAGAAUUUUUUGGCGAGCCAGAUGAAGAGGAUUCCGUUUCUGCCCCUGAGUAUGAUACCGAGGAAGAGGAUGCACGCUUGCACAGACUGGGGCGCAUUAAGCCGCGACGCCUACUGCAAACAAAGCGUCAACGCCGAUUUGCCCGCUUUGAGCAUCAAGAACGCAUGGAGGCCAUGGUUGAUAUAUUCGAUGAGGCUAUGAGUUUUAAUGAUGCCUGAACAAUGACAACUUGCUAUGAUGACGUCCCAUUUCAGCUCUUAGGUGUGUGUGUGAAAUGAGGACUGAACUGGAGACAAAACACUCCACCACAAUCUUCACUAUUAUUGUAAUUUUUGAUAAUGCUAGCAAACUCGAAGACGCUUGAAGUCGUCCGGGUCUCAAUGUGAUGAAAAAUGAAUUUCUGUUUUAAAUUUUAAUAAUUAUAAUUAAUUUUAUAAAACUUACUACAAU